GUCGAUUAAUUGUGAUUUCUUACUGAUGUAAUUAUUAACAAAUAAAAAAAUCAGUUCAAAAUGCAACGAUUUUUCAAGUUGGAAACUUAUGUUGGAAAAUUGCUUAUGAGUUAUCUCAACAAAUAUGUAAAACUGCGUGAAGAUCAAUUCGCAAUGUCUAUAUGGGAUGGUGAUCUUAUAUUAACCCAGUUAGAUUUACGAUUAGAUUUUCUGGAGGAUAUUAUUCCUUUUCCAGUCAAUUUUCGUUCUGGUCGUGUACAUGAAUUACGAAUUCAUGUACCAUGGACUAAGCUGAAUUCUGAAUGCAUUGUUAUCUCAUUGCAUACUGUGGAAUGUAUUUUCGGUUUGAAAAAACGUGACGUCAAAAGAAACAAUCAAAAUAAUCAACUUCCAAGUAAUUUUGCCGAUCUCUGUACAUAUAAAAGUCAAUCUAUGCCAACAAAUGUUCCACCUGGUUAUUUAGAGGUUUAUAUCCAUCGACUUCUUUCUAGUAUUCAUUUUGUUGUUCACAAUUUAAACUUAAAAUUCAUCGAAGAAGACAUUGUUUUGUCGGUUAGUGUGAACAAAGCUGAUUCCUUUGUAACUGAUUCUAACGGCAAUCCUAUUUUCGCUGAUAUAAAUCCUCGUUCUACCUAUGCAAUUCAUCGUCAUGUGCAGUUUUUUGACCUCACUGUAUGUCUUGAUCGUGCUGGACCCAAUGGUUACGUUGAAGUUUAUGAAGAUCCUAUAGCCUACCGAUUCAGUAUGUCAUGUUUCCUCCAAGUUGUUUGUAUACCAAAUGCUAAAUCAUCAUUAAUUAACCAAACAGUGCUGACUAAUUUGAAAAUACAUUGUCAAACGUUUGUUGCGCAUAUCAGUCCAGCUCAGAUUCCUUUACUAUGCAGACUUAUACAAGUUCUUCUGAGUGUAAGCACAGAGACAUUUGACUGGUCUAUCUUAGACUCUAGUUCAAGUGACAAUACAAAGAGUGAAACAGGUAGUUCAGAUAAUUCCUGUACACAAAUUGGUGAAUUAAACAAUGAAACUGACAAAUCAGAUACAGAGACACAAUCUUGGGCAUCAUGGGUUUGGUCGUUUGUUCCCACCAUUCUCCCAAUGAAUGAAGAUUCGGAUGAAUCAGAUAAUGAGCCUACAGAUAACUACACAAAAGAACCUCAAGCAGAUACUGAGUGUUUAAAACAACUCAUACAGUGUAUCUUAGAGGAUACAUAUGAACAAGAAGUUGCCACACAGUUAUCAGUUCAUGAUCCCAGUUAUGAUGAGGCAUCGAGUCCUUCAAAUGUUCAUUAUACACCUGGUCUAAGUGAUUCACGUUCUUCUGAGGAGCUUGGUGAUAAUACAUCACAACCGAGAAUUCAUAGGCCAAGUAAAGAGGAGUAUUCGCAAACAAGACGUCGAAAAAUUAGACGUCUUCGUCGUUCUGCUUCAAUGGUUCCUGUCUUCAUCAUUGGAAUUUAUUUCGAUAAAUUUGAUUUAAAUAUUUCUCUGCCAAGUCCUAGAGGUUUCUCCUGUCCAUCUUCAAAUUCAGGUAUUCGAUCACGUCGUAGCAAACGUCAAUUUCAUCAUUCUAUGCCAGCAAUAAAGUUUGAGUUAACUGACAUUGCCUUCCAAACAACCUUACGUGAUGUCUAUUUUCGUCUUGUUCAACUUGGAAUUCGUGGAUUUCAUUGUUAUCCUGUAGGAUGUGUUUGUUGCUGUGGACAGUCGGAGUAUGCAAACAAUUCACAGCGUGAUACUGUUCAUAUUUCAGCAGUUGACAGUCUCAGUUCCGGUAGUGCAAAUGUAUCAAAAUGUCCUGUAUCGAAGGCCUGUACCUAUGAUGAUAAUCCUGAUAGAAUCCAACCCAGUUUCAUAUCACUUGGAUGUUAUCCGAUAAAUUCCAAUUCGUCGUCUUCAUCGCCGUCAUCAUCGGAAUCUUUUCUUCAUCCACGGGAAAUAUUUUAUUCAGCUGUUUCAUCACAACAACAUUCUUAUAGUGGUGGAAGUGAUAAUACUUUACAUACCAACGAUAAAUUAUCUGAAUUUCAAUAUUCACCUAUUUUAACGCUAAGUGAUUAUAGCAAACAUUUAAAAGAUAAAGAUGUACGCAGGCAUUAUCCAGGCAUUUGGUUUGAUUCAGUAUGCUCGCUUAGUUUGGAUGAUUCACAUGUUACACCUUCAGAUAUUCCAUCUGUUCGUCAACAUCAAGUGAACGGUGUACGAGAGUAUAUUUAUAACCGUUGUCUACUUGGUUCGUAUUCAGUAGAAGUAUCACCGAGUUUAAUUCAUCGUUUGGGAGGUUUAGUAAAUGCCUAUAAAAUUUCUCAUCCAUAUCCUCCAUGUUCAAUUACAGAAGAAGAUAUCAAUUCUGCAUCUACACCGAAUGAAAUGUCUUUAUCACGUUAUUCACAGCAUAUUCCAAUGUGUAAUAUACAAUUGGAUAUAAGCGCUGGGACAAUAUCUGUAAAUACUUCUCAUAAUUUUAACAGAAAUAACUUAUCUCCUCAGCUACAAAUUCACUUAGAGAAUAUAUCCUUAUUCAGUCGGUCACCUGUAUACCCGUAUGAUAUUGUUCAGCUUAUUACGCGUUUAAACAUCCCACCGUAUUUAUUUAAACGUAGUUAUGAAUUUAUCCAAUUGGAGUUAUGUAAUCCAACUAAACGCGUCGAUGAUUGGUUACAAGAUAUACACUCAGAUGUAUUGAAUAUGUCAAGUAAUAAUAAAGAAUGGAAUAAACAGUUAAUAGCUUAUUGUUAUAACCGGACAAUUAUCCAAUUCACUGGAAUAUCUGUUGAUCUAGUCAGGAAUGCUCAUGUGAGCCACCAGUCUUCCACAAAUGCACAAGUCACCUCCACUACUACUACUACUACUACUGCCACAACUGCCAAUAAAUCUAACGAUAAUGUGACGAUUUUUAAAUUGUCUAGUCUUGAGUGUAUAUUUUGGUCAUUGAAUUGUCCCCAGCUAUGGAGUUCACCAUCUCUAAGUCACUUGGAGUAUCGACUGACACUGGCUAACACAAUGGAAAUGUACUUUUCUUUACAAAGUAUUAAUUACUUAUCAUAUAUUUUGGGUGAAUUGUUCCAUCAACUGUUUCAUUUAAAAGCUUAUUGUUAUUCUGAGGAUAUGUGGCUUUCUUUACCUCCAGUUUAUGAAUAUCAGCCAGAAAAUGAUUCUCAUUCAGCUGCUAAAACCUCAUGGAUAUGGUGUACAAAAAUUCAUGGAAUUUCUAGAUUUCGUUUAUGUCUUACAAAAUGUGUGUCUAUUGCACAAAUUAGUCUGGAAACAAAUUUAUUGAUGUACUUGAAUUGUUUAAAUGAAAAGAGGAGAAUAUGUCCAAUUCUGGAAAGAAGCGGUGACAAGUCAACUGAGCAUAAAACUUCAAUGAAACCAUUGUUUUGUUUAGCUGUUCAAAUUCCAUACUUACAUGAUUUAUCGUCUACUGCGCCUAUCGUUUGUCAUGCAUAUUUAAACAAAAUUGAUUGUUUAAUUACACGAGAAUUAUUUGAAUGGUUUUCGUAUUUAACUCCACCAAAUACGAAUUGUGAAAUACAAUCGUAUCAUCAUGAGUGUAAUGAAUGUGUGAAUAAUUCAAUUGAUGAAUCAUUCAUUGGGAUGAAAACAUCAGAUUUUACAAAAAAAAAGCAUCAGUUAAAUACUCGUUCACAAAGUGGUUCUGAUGAUAUCAGCUCUAAAGAGUUAAUCAAAGCCAAUAUUAUUGCUUCUUCGUUUUCUGCAUACUCUGUCAUUUCACCAGCCUACUCAUUCGCUAUCGGGAAUAUGGCUCAAUGGAAAGAAGUUUGGAAACGUUUAGUUUAUUGUGAAAAGAUUUUACAGAAUGCUAAAAUUCAGAUUCUUACCAAACACCUAAAGAUAUGUACAUUAGUGUGUCAAUGUCCAACAACAUUUUCCUCCUUUGCUGAUAGUAUAAAUCAUCAAUAUCUUGAAGAGUUAUUAAAACAAUUUGAAGAUAUUUCUAUGCUGUUCAAUUUUCCUCAAUUGUAUGCAUCAAAUUAUAAUUGUAAUACAGAAGAUCUGACUAACAAGGACCAAGAUGGUGAUGAUAUUGUUCUGAGUAAUUGUUUAUGGUCAUGUGGAUUGUUUGAAUUGCCUAUGCUGAUAAUGCUGAAACACGAGAGCAAUACUACACCACAAUCGACCGCUAUUCACUGGAGUAUAUCAGCUAGUCAGGCAUAUUUACUAAUGGAGAAUAGUUUAAUAUUUGCUGGUCAAAUGUCACUCAGCUUAGAUUUGAAUCAUGAGAAAGUAAAUGAUCUUAGUCUAGUGUCUACUUCUAAUCAAAUGACGCCCGGUGAUAAGACUAAUUCAAUGUCUAUAAAUGUACGAGUUAAUAUUGAAUUGGAUACUGGUCAUCAAUCGAGUUAUUUAUCAAAUGAAAAUUAUAGAGGUGUGGAUUUUAAAGUUUUAAAUCAUAUGGUCAAUGUGGUCAGAUUUUCUUAUGACAAUUUAUCCAGUGUUGUUAUUCCCAAGCUUUUGGAUUUUUCAACGACAGUGUAUAAAAACACUACUUCUACUAGACUCUUAUCAAGAACAUCUUACAGUAGGAAUUCAAAUCCAAGUUGUAAUAGCAAAUUAUUGCCCAUAACUGCUGCUCAUUCACCUCCGUAUACUUCUUCAUUGAAUAGUAUCUCUAUUCUAGAAGAGUCAUCUACUGAUAUACCAACUAUUGUGUAUAAAUCUCUAUUAACUCAUCCACACGGGAAAAUGAAAGCUACUCGAACCACAAUGAAUUAUCCAUCACCUCAAAUGAGUAGUUGUUGUUAUUCAACUAAGCUAAAAUAUUCAGAAAAUGACGAAUUGUCAACAUCAAUUCCACCGUUUAGUAUUACUCUACACGUUCAGUGUAGUCUGUCUAGUGUUAAUGGUGAAAUCAACUUGUCACAUUCCACUCCGAUGAAUAAUGAUCAACCUGUUUUACUGCAUUGGUCUAUUGACAAUGUACAGCUGAUACUUGAAAUACAAAAAGAAUGUUGUUCAAUUGAUUUUCGAGUCGGUGCAUUCUCAGCUUUUAUACAAAAAUCAACAGAAAUGAAGAUCCCGCUAUUUACUUUAUUGGAAAAAGACAUUCAACCGCUUCAACUUCUUCAACCUCACAUCAAUUUAACGUAUAACUCUAACAAUGAAGACGACGGUGGUAUUCAUCCUAAAGUCCAGUCGAAUGACUAUGCUAAAUCUUCAUGGUUUGAAGAAAACUAUAUCCCCCUGAUCCCUUUAAAUGCUCGUAAACGUCACUGGUUGAAUUCAACUCGCCAGCGACAUGAAGACAAAUCAAAUAUUGGACAAUACUUUCUUCGUAUAGUAAUGACACGCACCUGUUCGAAGUUUAAUAGUACAUCGGAUUACUAUUCUGCAUCUCAAUCAGAUUUAUCUGUAAUGCUUGAUAACAACACCUCGUGUAGAGUAUACACUAUGCACCCGGAGAAUCAUGUUAAUAUUAGUGUUCAACCGCUGGAUAUUGUAAUUAUUCCAGAGGUGCUUCAUGAAAUCACAGAAUUCAUUAGCAACUGUUUAGAUUAUAAAGGAUCACUUGUUGCUGUUGAUGUUGUCGGAGAUUCUGCUUCACCUGAAUCCUAUUCAGUUAAGAAAGAUGAUAUAUGCAUGGAGUCGAUUCUCACUGUUAAUUCAUUGCCAGUUAUUAAUGCUACAAUUGAUUCAUUUCGAAUGUUCUAUGUAUUAUCUGGACUAUCUGAAAACAAACAAAGCGUAAAAUAUCCUAAUGCUUUAAUGUUAUCGUGUGAUUUUAUUCAAGUUAAACCGUUAGUAGAAAAUUUCAUUGAAAGACCAGUAUGGUGUACCAGUGAUGAUAUUAUCCCGUCGGUGAAACAACAAUCAUUCGCCUCUAAGCCGAUUGUAAUUCCUUGUGAUAAACAAAUCAGUUUACUGGCUAAUUCUAUAAAUAUUCUAGCAGUACCUUUCAAGUUUAUGUGUAAUGUAAAGCCUGAGAGUGAUUAUAAUUCAUCUGUGUCAAAUCCUAUUGCUCAGAAUCCAGCUAAAGAUUGGAAUCGUGUAGCUUCUUAUAGUGAUAUAGAUGAUCCACUCUAUGGUUGGUCAAUUGUACAUUCAUUUGAUAUUUCUGUUAUCUUUGCACCUGCCUAUGGGAAAUAUGAAAAUUCUGAAUCAUACAUUUACGGUGGAUAUUCUAUGGAGUUUUCAAUAAUGAAUGAUUUAUUAAUAUUGGCUGACUGUGAUCUUAUCUCGUAUCUUGUACAACUCAUUCCUCCGGUCACUUCCAAUUGUCAUACACAAAAAUCAUCAUCAUCAUCGUCUUCACCACCACCAAUAACACGACAAACACCGCAACAAUCUUUAUUACCAAGUCUUUUUGAAAAAUUACUUUUCUCUAAUGACCAUGACGAUUGUUUACUGUCAACUCCUAGUCGUUUGUUUAUCACUACUCGUCAAAUUAACUUUCUUGCGUGGAAAUCAACCAAUCAAGGGGAUAUCAGUGGAAAAGAUGCUUUAUUAGCUGUAUUUACUAGCCAAAUUAGUCAACCACAUAUAAUUUUAAAUUUUGCUGGUACCGGGAAUCGCAAUGCUUCCGAUCAUUUUGAAUUUUCAAUGAAUGGUUUACAAGUAGACUGUCGACUGGGUCAAUUGAAAUCCCCGUGUUCUCAAUGUAAACCGAUUGUAAUCAAUAAAUUUAGUGAAGAAAAAUACCAGAAGGAACCAUGUAUUAUAUUUAUUCCAUGUGAAAUUGAUACAAAAGUGUUAACAUCGUCAAUGGAUAAAGUGAUGAACCCUAUACAGUUGUGCAGUUCACUGAUAUUUUGGCAUUCUGAUAAGCGUAUAGUAAAUUCAAGAACUGGUAUUAUCCAACCGUGUCUAUCUAUCACAUUUCAUCGACCUUCUCGAUCUGACUACUUAUCUACAGUUGUUAAUCCGAUGUCUAGCAAGCGCAAUCGUUUCAAUGUCUGUUUCAAAGUUGGACAAGAUCAAACGUUAUGCAUACGACCGGAUACACUUUCAGCAGUUUUAUAUUUCUGUAAAUUCUUUCAUGAAUUAUUUGAAGUUAACAGUAGUUGUCUGCCAAAUGAUGAAAUCAACAGGUGUCGUAAUAGUACAGAUUUACUGACUUCAUCAAUUGGAUCAUCAUCACCGUCAUCAUCCACUGCAAGAUUUGUUCAUCUUCUACACGCUUAUCUUGAGAAGAUUAACAUAGAAACUAAUAGUAUUCGAAUUAAAUUACAGUUUGACGAGAUAAACAACAAAGUUAUUGAUUCCCGUGUAUUAGAAUUCAAACUCAAACAUCUUUCAACUGUGAUACAAUUAUUAAACUCGACCAACUGUGAUACAUUAACAACUUCAACUGAAUAUCUUUCAAGUUUAUCUGGUUUAUCAUUAAUCUGUCGUUCAGUUGAAAGUAAUUCACUAAUAUUCAGUAAAAUAAAUAAUCGCGGUAAACCAGUAUAUUUAAUAUGGCCUAAUACAUGUCUGACUGUUGGUGGAUUAAUCAAUACAAAAUACUGUAUGCAUAAUCUUAAUCAUGAGUACUUUACCUACUCAUUUGAUAAGGUCACUAGUCAAAUUCAAUUCAAUUCUAGUCUAUUAAUCCACUUACCUAUGCAUGGUUACAUAAAUGAUUAUAUUAAGCUAAUUCUUAUGAAAGCUACUCAUAUUAUAAAAUCAAUUCAAAUUUGUAACAAGCUUUGUUUUAAAUCGUCUGUUCAAUGUUUCAAUAAAAAUGAUGAUAGUAGGUGUAUACAUUGUUCAACUGAUGAUGAUGAUUGUGUUAUAAUACACAAUGAUGAUUUGCGUAGAAACUUUACUCUGUCGAUGUCAUCAUCGACAUCCUCGAGUCAACUUAUGUCAACAAAACCUGAUGAUAUUGAUCGUGAUCAUCAUCAAUCUCAUCCAUGUUAUCCUUGGGUAUUGAAUCAAAAAUUAUGGGAACAAUCACCUUUACAAGGUCAUCGUUGGCCAUUACAAAAUGAAAUUGUCUGCUGUAAUAAUCUUUCAAAUGAUUUCAGUAUCAACGAAGAAGAUGACAAAGAUGAAGUGGAAGCCGAAGAAGAACGAUUACGUAAUCCACAAUGGUUAGGUAUAACAUGGAUGCAUCCUGAGGCGUGUAGACCGAAUUAUUUAAGAAUACUGCCUAUACCAUUUGAAUUAGUCUCGUCGAAAUUGAAUAAUAUUAGUGAUAAGUAUUCACCGAAUGGAUUUGAGCUUCAGUGUUACCUACAAUACUGGGAUCCAUUUCAUCAUUACAAUGGAAGUUUCAUAACAUACUGUUCCUUCAUUCUGAGUGAUAGUCAGAUCAAUGAAUAUGAUUUAUCAAAAGUGAAUCCAUUCAACCAAUACGGAGUUGUUCCCUCAACAGUUCAGACAUACCAACAAGUUAGUAAUUGUCAAAAUAAUGCGAACGUUUUUGGUUCUACAGCAGGCAACAUAUCAAAUUCUUACGUUGAAAAAGAAAAGAGGAAAGAUAGUGAUUCCUCGGAUUUACUGUCUUCUAAUUUACACUUCUCAGAUAAUAAUAAUACUAAUAACGCUUCAGUGCAUACAGAUAAUGCAUCUAAUCAACCAGUAUCGGCGAUUUGGCGAAUUCUUGUUGAUUUACGAAUACGUCCUGGCUCUGGCAUUAUUAAUCCUUCAAUCAAUGAAAACUUUCCCAUUGCAUUAGCUGAUUUGACACCAAUGAUUUUAAUUGGUGCUAUUCACAUGAAUACGGUGCACUAUCCAAAUAACUGUCAUCAUCCACUUGAGAAUUCUUUGAUUGUUAGAUGUCAAAUUCCAAAUAUCACAGUCUCAUUAGUUGAACAUACGCAGUCAGAACAUGAUAACAUUGGUGGUUUUGAAUUAAGUCGAUUCUGUGUUGAUAAGGUAGACUUCCUGUAUCUGUCAAAUAUGUCGUCCUCGAUGUCUGUCAACUGUCCUUCGAAUGAUAGCAUUCAUUUUCGGGCUGACAAGCAUACCCUACUAACAGCUGAUGUCAAUUGGGCAAGACUUCAACAAUCUAUUGUCGGUGAGAGUUUCUCAUGUCAUGCUUUGUGUAAUCAAAACAUGAAUAUUCUCUACAGAUCACUGAGUAUUUUUAUUAGUUCAGAUCGUUUAAUCAGUAUUGGUCUAUUGAAGCAAAGAUUACAAAAAUAUACGAGAGAAUAUUUAAGUAUUCUUGAGAUUAUGAAUAGAUCACGAAAUGAGUUGAACAUAUCAACUUGUGAUAAUGAUGAUGGUAAUUCUAUAUCAUCAAAUGAUCACUCACCUCUUGGUUGGACUAUAGUUAAUAAUACAAAUCAGUCUAUCAUUCUGGAUCAACUGCCCUUAAUCAAAUAUUCCUCUGAGGAGGGUGGUACACCAACAAUAUCCAAUUCUGAAGUUCUCAAUCCAGUGAAUAGUUUAUUCGACAUAUCAAUUAAGCCUAGAGAAUGUGUUAACUGGAGGCCGAUUGUAUUCCCUGGACCAGUUUCACCUGCGGGGCAUGCAUUUCGUAUAAAAUUACGUAUUGGAAUUAAUUCCACUGAGACUACUAAGAAAAAGACACUAAUAUGGUCUCAUCCUAUAGACUUACCUUGGCCAUUGUUGAUACGACAACAGAAUAGCGAUAUUCUCUGCGCUUUAUCUUUAAAAUGGGAGGAGACUACAAAAUCCAACAGUAAAGAUGAUAUUGAAGAUGAGAAGGAUGAUGCUGGGAUCUAUUAUCCGGAAAUAUAUUUAAUUGUCUGUUCUCCUGAACCAAUUGGCUCACCUGGAAAGGUAAGUAUGCUUGUAUGA